AGUACAAAAACCAAGGGACUCAAGUUCCGCUUGUAGUUGGAGCACACGACAGGAAAACGCCGAGCGCUGGGCACGAUGCAUGACUUAGAGGAUUCAUAAGGCUGCGACUUUAUUACAGUAGUUCGGAUUAACGCGGGGUUAUUUUUCCCUUGACAGCGCGUCUACGCCAGUGUUUUUGACUUUUGUUCCGCACCCGUCUGUUCAUCUCCGGGACGUUGAAGCGUGUCACUUGGAAAUGUGCGGGUUUUACAGCAGGCUGUAGACGAGCUGAGAGAUAGCGGGCCCGCGCGCAGUGUGUCCUGCUCGACCUGGAAAGCACUCCGACCAGCAUGGCAUCUACAGUUGAGAGGAAGACCAUGGACGUCAACGAGGAACUAGUGGAUGAAGUUCUCCAGGUGUCUCCAUCAAUGCUAACGUGUGGUGGUUGUCAGCAAAGUAUUGGAGACCGUUUUUUCCUGAAGGCCAUAGAGCAGUACUGGCAUGAGGACUGCCUGAGCUGUGACCUUUGCGGUUGCCGGCUGGGUGAGGUUGGGCGAAGAUUGUAUUACAAGCUUGGUAGGAAGCUGUGUCGAAGAGACUACCUAAGACUGUUUGGUCAGGAUGGGCUCUGCGCUUCCUGUGAGAAGAGGAUCCGGGCAUUUGAAAUGACAAUGCGGGUCCGUGACAAAGUUUACCACCUUGAGUGUUUUAAAUGUGCAGCCUGUCAAAAGCACUUUUGUGUUGGUGACCGCUACCUGCUUAUCAACACAGACAUUGUAUGCGAGCAGGACAUUUUUGAGUGGACCAAACUCAACAGCAGCUUACGGUGAAUUCCUGUAUGACUGAAAAGCUGGUGCUGCCAAAAUCUACAAUUAUUACUUUUCAAACACACAAGUUUCACAUAUUUGUUUUUUAUAUUUUUUGUUUACCAGCACAUUACCAAGAUUUUAUUUGCUUUGGGAAAACUGAAGACAUUUUUAUAAAUGUAUGAGGGCAAUUAUAGCUGUUUCAUGAAAACACUGUUGGGACGUUCCAAAUCUUGUUUGUUAAACAGUCACAUUUGCUACAUUACUGCAUGUGUAUGCAUUUUAUGCAAUAGUUUUUUUUUUUAUUAUUAUCCAUGUUCAAUAUCAUAUAAACAAGAUGCCAGUUGACUUUGUUUGAUUGUAUUUACAUUCUGAGUGCACUGAAACUUUUAAUCCAGCUCUAACAGAUUUUUUAGGUGCCUUUUAGACAGUUAUAAUGCACACUUCAGGACUCUUGCAAAUGCAAUCUUGACUUUCCAUAGUCACCAGCAUAAUCAGUUCAUAUAUUGGCUAAACAGCCAACUCGUGCUGCUCCACAUUAUGCAUCUUACUGAGUAUUAAAUGUUUAUCUUGUGUUUUCUUAACUAUGUACAGUAUCUACUGUUCACUGUUAAUUCUCAUUGCAUUGAUGAUGUAGAUGUUAAGUGAAGCUUUUUAUAGAUAAAUCUGUUCCAUGAAUUGUUAUAUUACAGUUAUUAAUAAUUGUUAUGGUUAUAUUGUGCAAAACACAUAAAGAAUUGAUGGAACAAGUUUAAAUCUCUAUGGAAUAUACCAGGAUCUCAUUUCCCUUUGGUGUAUUGUGUUUGAUUUGUUUGCAAACGUUGUAUAAGGAAAUGGGCUGACCUGAUAAAUUUGCUACAGUGACUAUUUUAGUGUGCUACUUUUUAAAUAUAAAGUUUUACAAUCCUGCAAAUAAAAAAAAAUGUAUUUUUAGAUUUUUAACUAAAAGUUGUGAAGAAAAUGUGACUCAUUGAAUUGACUACUGUUUAUUGUAUUUUUGCUUUUAUAAGUGUAUUAUGUCAUUUAAAUAAAAGAACAUUUGUUGGCAUUACAGAUA